CCACAGCAGACAACACACACGAGCAGAUUUACUUCCACUGUUCAUUAACUCGGAGCAGACCUCUUAGUUCCCUGCCUGUCCAUUCACAAAUGGCUGAGUGCAGUUCAUGGCGAGUGAUGCACGCUGCAAGUGGUGUGUGCGUGUAGUGUGAGCGAGAGCCAUCGAUGUGUGUGUGUGCGAGUGUGUGUGUGUGCAAGUGUGGAGAGAGAGAGACAUAGACCGAGCCUCUAACACGGAGCAUGCCUCUGCGUCCGGCAGCCGGCAAACAUGAGCCACCCAGCCCUCCACGGCAGGACCAGCAGCAGCAGCACACACACACACAUUCACACACACUCAUACACCCUUACACACACGCAGCAAACGGCAGCCGGGGGGCCAGCUCUGACAGCGGCAGCUCCCGGGAAGAGGACAGCGGCAUUCCCAUUCCUGUCUGCGUUCCGGCUUUCCGUCCCGGUGCAGAGCGGAGCCACAGUGCAAGAGGACCCAUGGAGGAACCAACAGGCAACACCGUGGUCAUCCGCAUUGGAAUCCCAGACCUGCAACAGACGAAAUGUUUGAAAUUCAAUGUGGAUGCUCCCAUCUGGCUGUCCAAACAGCGGAUCCUGUGUACUCUCAACCAGAGCCUGAAGGAUGUACUCAACUAUGGCCUAUUCCAGCCGGCUUACAAUGGCAAGGCUGGCAAGUUUCUGGAUGAAGAGAGACAGCUAAGGGAAUACCCCUUCCCAUCGAUUGCUCCCGUUCCUUACCUGGAGUUCCGCUAUAAAAGACGUGUCUACACACAGACGUACCUGGAUGAAAAGCAGCUAUCUAAGCUCCACACCAAGGCAAACCUGAAAAAGUUUAUGGAGUAUGUGCAGCAGAGGAACAUCGAAAAGGUCUCAAGGUUUUUGGAAAAAGGCCUCGAUCCUAACUUCCAUGAUCCAGACACAGGAGAAUGUCCUCUAACGCUGGCUGCACAGUUGGAGGGAUGCGCGGAGCUAAUCAAGGUGCUGAAGAGUGGAGGGGCUCAUCUGGACUUCAGAACAAAAGAUGGCAUUACUUCCCUACACAAGGCCGUGCGCAGCAAGAACCAUACAGCGCUUAUAACGUUGCUGGACUUGGGUGCAUCACCUGACUACAAAGACAGCAGGGGACUGACUCCGCUCUACCAUAGUUCAAUGGUAGGUGGAGACCCCUACUGCUGUGAGCUUCUGCUGCAUGACCAUGCACAGGUCGGCUGUGUGGAUGAGAAUGGCUGGCAGGAGAUACAUCAGGCGUGUCGCUAUGGCCAUGUGCAACACCUGGAACACCUUCUGUUCUAUGGCGCUGACAUGAGUGCCCAGAAUGCAUCCGGAAACACCGCCCUGCAUGUGUGUGCUCUCUACAACCAGGAUAGCUGUGCACGAGUUCUUCUGUUCCGGGGAGCAAAUAAAGAGAUAAAGAACUACAACAGCCAGACUGCCUUUCAGGUGGCCAUUAUAGCAGGAAACUUUGAUCUGGCUGAAAUCAUAAAGGUCCACAAAGCAUCAGAUGUUGUGCCUUUCAGGGAGACCCCCUCCUACACGAGCCGUCGACGUGUGAUGCCUGGCCCCCUGCCCUCGCCACGCUCUUUGCUCCGCUCUGCUAGUGACAACAAUCUGAACGGGGACCAUGAUCACAUCCAUGUUCAGGGCCCUCGAGAGAUCCGUGGCCGUCAGGGUCACUCCCCCGUCCCAUCACUACGUAGUCUGCCUGCUUUCGGGCAGCAGCACAGUAGCCUUGGAGAGAGUCGUCAUGGAGAGAUCCCUGACAGCAGCCUCCAGAGUACUGGCAGCUCCAGAUCCUCCCAUUCCCGCUCUCCUUCUCUCCAUCACAUGCAUGAAGAUGACAAACCUGUUCCCAGAAGGUCUCACAGUCAUGGAUACCCUCAUGGGUACGGCCCUCGUGGAAGACUCAGCCCUGGCUCUGUGCAACGAGACCCAAGUCCCCCUCAUCACACCCCACCAGUGCUGUCAGGCCCCCGUGGGCCCAAACGGAAACUCUACAGUGCUGUCCCAGGACGUACCUUCAUUGUGGUUAAGCCCUACACACCGCAGGGGGAGGGAGAGAUCCAGCUCAACCGUGGAGAAAGGGUCAAAGACUAUGACUGUAAUGACGUAGAAGCAAUACCAGAGGAGCAUCUUUAUGAUGAGCUCAGACUAGUGAAAGAUGACUAUUCGGAUUCAGAUGAUGACAGACUGUCUAGCAAGGGCAGUGAAGAUGAUGCAAAUGACAUUGAUGAUGAUGAUGAUGAAGAUGAAGUGCUGAGUAUAGGGGAAGGCGGUUUCUGGGAAGGCACGGUGAAAGGGAGGACAGGCUGGUUCCCAGCAGACUGUGUGGAAGAAGUUCAGAUGAGACAGUAUGACCCACGGCUAGAGACUCGAGAGGACCGCACUAAGAGACUGUUCAGACACUACACUGUGGGAUCCUACGACAACUUCACCUCAUACAGUGACUAUAUCAUAGAGGAGAAGAAUGCUGUUUUACAGAAGAAAGAAAAUGAAGGGUUUGGUUUUGUCUUGCGGGGAGCCAAAGCUGAAACACCCAUUGAAGAGUUUACACCAACCCCAGCGUUCCCCGCCCUGCAGUACCUGGAGUCUGUGGAUGUGGAGGGAGUGGCGUGGAGGGCCGGCCUGCGGACAGGAGACUUCCUCAUUGAGGUUAAUGGGGUGAAUGUUGUGAAAGUAGGCCAUAAGCAGGUGGUUUCCUUGAUCCGCCAAGGGGGCAACAGACUGCUGAUGAAGGUAGUGUCCGUGACACGCAAACCUGAGUCUGAGGAGGUCGUACGAAAGAAAGCUCCACCACCACCUAAGAGAGCCCCUAGCACUACCCUGACACUGCGCUCCAAAUCCAUGACCGCUGAGCUGGAAGAACUGGCUUCUGCUCGGAGGAGAAGAGGAGAGAGACUGGAUGAAAUGUUGGCAUCGCAAGAGUCUAUGUUGCGCUCUCAACCCUCGGAGGCAGAUUACCGAGCAGCCACUGUCAAACAACGGCCUACCAGCAGGAGAAUAACACCAGCAGAGAUCAGUUCACUGUUUGAGAGACAAGGGAUGACGCUACAUGGAGCUCUGCACCCCGGCCUAGAGAGAGGUCAUAUACCAUUACCAAAGGGAAUGUCUCGGACCAAGUCUUUUGGUGCCACUGAGGAGGAUCGGUUGUCUGCGCUGGCAGGUGAACACCGAUUCCCCCGCAGUUCCUCUAUGACAGACUCUCUCAGAGACCACUCCCAGCCCCAUCCCAUCCCACCACCUCCACAAACAGCACCUCCUCCUCCUCCUUAUUACCUAGACACAGGUCCCCCACCAGCCUUCUGCCCCCCUCCUCCCCCAUCCAGAACACAGAGUCAAGGCCAUGAGCCUGGAGGACGCUCUAGCUUCAAGCCCUCCAGUUUGGACCUGCCUUAUGAAGCUGCUCAGCGGCAGGCCACACACAUCGAGAGACAGAAAAAAGCACGCUCCAUGAUCAUACUUCAGGACUCUUCUCAUCUACCUGUAGAACCUACAGAAAUUCCCCGUCCUUCUGCUGCUACUCCACCUGAGCGAAUCAAACGGAAGGGACGGGUUAUUGACAACCCUUAUGCCAAUGUGGGUCAGUUUAGCAUUGGACUGUACACACCCACCAAACCCCAGAGGAAGAAAAGUCCACUGGUGAAACAACUACAGGUGGAAGAUGCACAAGAAAAAGCUAGUUUGGCCUUAGCAGCUGCCCAUUCACGAGAGACCUCACCCUCAGGGCGACACCCACAUCCCCAUGGGCACACACACACCAGUCGUGCAGACUACUACCAGCAGCAUUUGAUGGCUGAACGAGAGCGUAUGCGUGCCCAGGGAGAGAUUAUUUUUCCGGGUAAGGGCCCUUUUGCUGCCGCAAUUGCUGGAGCAGUCAAAGAUCGAGAGCGUCGUCUAGAGGAACGGAGGAAAUCCACUGUCUUCCUUUCUGUUGGGACCAUGGAGGGGGCAUCAGCCACCAGCUCGGAGGCCCCCUCUCUUACCCAGUCUCACUCCAUUGAUGAACGGAUGCUCACCAGAGAACUAGGCCAGCUGCCUCCCCCUGCCCUGGCACUGAGCCCCUCACCCAGUGGGACCACCUUUAUCCAUCCUCUUACAGGAAAGCCCUUGGACCCCAACUCACCACUGGCUCUUGCGCUGGCCGCAAGGGAGAGGGCUCUGACCUCCCAGAGUCAGUCCCCAACUGGCAGCCCAGAGCCAAGGACUAAACAGGAGCGGGCAGGCCAGGGUGUUAUAUUAAUUGAACCUCAGACCAAAGAGUCGCCACAUGGGGAAGGGGCAGCCACAUCCCCUCCUUUCUCCCCUAAAAGCACGAAGGCAGCAGGGUAUGGAGUUGGAUCCCCAACGGGUUCAGUGUUACUCCCACAACCCACCAAACCACAGUCCACAUCACCGUCACCUGUAUCAUUCCGACAGGAAAUGGAGGCCAGAGUAGAGGAGAGGAAGGAAGAGAAGAGAAUAGAGGAUAAGAAAAGUAUGUUGAUCAGUAUUAUGGAUACGUCACAGCAGAAGACAGCAGGGCUGAUCAUGGUCCAUGCCACCAGUAAUGGUCAGGCUGUUGGGGUAGGUUCAGAACUAGAACAGACAACUGCUGCAGUAUCAACAGAGCCAAGCAAAUCUGGAAGUCCUCGGGUUAAAUCCCCCAGUCCCACCGUUUCCCAGCCCCAGUCUCAGCUCCAAGCCCAGCCUCAGACUCCACGUCCUUCUAGUCCAGCCCAAGAAAAGAGUCUGGCUCAGGGAAGUUCUGAAGAGGAUGUGGAUCCAUAUACAGUGACCCUGCCCCCUGCAAUGUUGUCCUCCAGUGAUGAGGAAACACGAGAAGAACUACGAAAGAUUGGAGUUGUCCCACCACCGGAUGAGUUUGCAAACGGGCUGCAGGCACAGACACAGGGGGCAUCAGUGUCCCCAACUAAACCUGCCACCUCACCUACCACCCCCACAACACCAACACCCCAAACUCCCUCAACACCAACAACCCCAACUGUGACACCUACCCAGCCUCAGCCUCCCCAGCCCCAACCUCCCCCCAGUGCAGCAGCUGUCUCAGGGAAGCCCUCUGACCCUUUGGAGCCCCCACCAGUGGGUGAGUCUGGCUCUGCGGCUGACUCAGGCGUGGAGGAGGCUGACACACGCAGCUCCAGCGAGAGAGAGCGAGAUCACCACCUCGAGACCACCAGCACCGUCUCCACAGUUUCCAGCAUGUCCACCUUGUCCUCAGAAAGCGGCGAGCCUGCCGACACACACACCACACACACCUCCUAUGCUGACGGGCAGACUUUUGUGCUCGACAAGCCGCCAGUGCCUCCUAAGCCACGACUCAAGUCACAGAUAGGAGGCAGUAAAGGCCCCGUCACCUUCAGGGACCCUCUGUUGAAGCAGAGCUCUGACAGUGAGCUGCUAUCACAGCAACAGGCUGCUGCCCUGGCUGCUGCUGCAGCUGGAGGAGCUGGGCUACCCCCAGGUGGUUCAGCCUCAGUGACUGGACUAGCCCCCACCAAGCCACGCUACCUCUUCCAGCGGAGGUCCAAGCUGUGGGGAGACCCAGUGGAGCCUCGUGGACCAGGUGUGGGACUAGGUAUUGGGAGUUUGGGCAAUCUAGGUGGGCUGGGACUGGGUCUGGGUACAGAUGAGGGAGGAAAACCAUCCGUUAUGGGGGAGCUCAGUUCACGACUACAGCAACUAAAUAAAGACACUAGGUCACUGGGAGAAGAGCCACUAGGAUCAUCACUUGACCCUGGGAGGAAGUCACCUGUGGCAGGAGCCAGACUUUUCAGCAGCCUAGGUGAACUUCACACCAUUUCUCAGAGAAGUUAUGGUACCACAUACACCAUCCGCCCUGGAAGUCGUUACCCUGUCACCCGACGCACCCCCAGCCCAGGUUCAGGCUCACCUGAUCGGGGAGACCCUCUUGGACGAUACUCAGGCUUUGGCCUACCGACCUCACCAACUACACCGCCACAAACUAUCCUCAAAUCCUCCAGCCUCAGUCUACCCCAGGAGCCGAAAGAGGUCCGCUUUGUAAUGAGGAGCUCCAGCGCCCGUUCUCGCUCUCGCUCCCCGUCCCCAUCACCGUCGCAUUCCCCCGGGCUAGGGUCACCUCUUUUGGCGCUCAGACCCUUCCACCAGAAGCCCCUCCACCUCUGGAACAAGUACGACGUCGGAGACUGGCUGGAGAGCAUCAACCUGGGAGAGCACAGAGCAGGAUUUCAGGAGCAUGAGAUCGAAGGCUCUCACCUCCCCGCUCUAACCAAGGAUGACUUCGCAGAGCUCGGAGUGACACGAGUCGGUCACCGCAUGAACAUCGAACGAGCACUAAAACAGCUGCUAGAGAGCUGACACCUGCCCUGAGACACAGCAACAGAUGGAGUAGAAGAUGAAGAUAGAAGGGCCAAGACGUAUAGUGGGUGAAAACAGGAGAAACAAUAACGACAACUCCUCUUUUACUCUGCCUGCUUUUAAGUUACGAGUCACAAAUGUUUACCUGGGGUCGUUAGCAACACUUUAUGUUCCUAUUUCUGCAUUAAACCCCACAUUCGGCACUGCACUGAAGAGGAGGAGUCAAUACUUUCAUCCCCCUCCACUCGGCCCUUAGUGUCUCCCCACCUCUUUGCCUGCAGCCAAUUAGAUUAGACCUCAAAAGGGGCUCUGGUCUUUCUUUGCCGAGGAGAAUCGCAUGAGCUUCAAUUAAAAUAUUUGAUUGGUGAAAGCUUCAGUCGUUUCCAUAGUAACAUCCACACCUCCUCGCCACCAUUCCCUCCCUCCUCUACCUCUACCUCUAUCCCUCCAUCUUUCAGGCCUCUGAAAGCCUUUUGCAGUUUGAGUAAAGGAGGAGGAGGAAGUAUUUUGUUCCAAACAGAAAGCUCAGUUGCCUUUCAAAAUAUUUAUACAGAGAUCAACAAUGUUGAACACAGGACUAUGGACAUAGUGCUGACACAGCUCUGAAAAGGUGUGUCUUCUCUACACCUGCUGUUGUUUUUAAACCGAAGACUUUAGAGCCCAGAGGUGGAGCUCCACAACGUAAACCACGGGAGAAAACCCCUCCCUCCGCCUUGGUACCCAGACUGUGCUAUCUAUUAUAUUUGGAGAAUGUUUAACCAACACUCGUGGCUUUUUUCAUAAUCAAUUUUUUUGGUUUUCCAAAGGGAAUAUUAUAUAAAUAUAUAUAUAUAUAUAGGUAUUAAAUAAUAUGAUAUAUAUGUAUCUUAAUAUAGCUUUCUGAAGAAAAGAUAAUGUUGCAAAGAGGAUAUGUAAUAAAUUAAUCUGCGCCUGUUUUUGGUUUUUAGUAUAGAAGGCAGAGAGAAAUCUUUAAAAUUUAUUCCACCAAUAGUUUACUCAUUUCUACCAAUUAUAUACAUAUAUAAAUAUAUAUAAAAAAUAUACAUAUAUAUAUUUGAAAGAAAAAAGUAUAUAGAUACGGAAAUGAAAUUUUUGUCAUAGAUAAACAACUUUCCUUAUGGUCACCCUUUCUUGAACCGUAGCAUGACAAGUUGUAUCAUGUGUUGGACAAAGAGUAUGUUGUUCGUUUUUAUUUUCUUACAGUCUUCCUUCAUACUAAAGGGCAUCCCGUAAUGUGAGGCUGAGACCCCAGUUGACACCCAUCCCUACCGCUUCAGCUACAGAUGACGUGGUUUUGUCUCUGCUGUAAACUCGACGACAACCACCAAACAAGACAGCUGAUUAUUAAACAGUCGGGGGGCUCUUCAUCUUAUGCCUGUUGAACACUCAGGGAUGGAAGUUUAGGACACUAGCAUGGAGAGGUUGUUGUAAUAUGAUUCAUUUCAGUUCUUACCUUUGAGGACAAUUUUGCACCAUCACAGUCGAAGAAAAUGCACGAACGCUAGUAAAAAAUUUCCAUCCCUGUGACCCCUUAUGAUGCUUCUCAGACCAGGCUCUACACCGUCUGGUUCAGAGAGGGAAAUAUCUGCCAUAUUAUAGAAGAAAAUCCCUAUUAAGUGUGUGAUCACAGCCAAAUUAAGCAUAAUUUAUUAGAAUAAGGAAAUGCCAUCCUUUAAAUGCACCUUUUACCUGGGCAAAAAAUAAGAAGGGCUGAAAUGCCUUAGAUGUAUGUGCCCCUCAAACACAACUAGUGGAGUUUAUCAGGCUGUGGGGAUGGGAAAGCCUCUGUAAGGUCUUAAAGAAAAUUCAGUAUUUUACAACCCGACUGUGUCUUAAAAAUGUUGCUGCCUCCCUGUAUCUCUACACUUUACUUAGUGAGUAAAAUAUUAUCAUAGACAGUGGCAGUCAGACAAAAAACACUAAGACACAGGUUGUGAAUUUAAAAAAAACACAACUGAAUUUUCCUUAACAAUAUAAAAUCUACAAUUGUACUCAUGAGUAGCUUCUGCUGGCAGUGAGAAACAGUGAGUUUUAUUCACGCAACAACUACAAAAAAAAAAGCAUUUUAUUCAUAGCUUUUUACUCAGAUUGAAGACCAGGUAAUUUCGCUUACUGCUGAAAACUACUGCGCAUCAGCAGCAGCGUCCGGUCUCUACGCCAAGGCUGUUUCACUUGGCCUGAAGUUCUGUGCAACUUUUUUUUUUUCCUCUCUUCUUUUUGCUAGCAGUUUGUUAAAGCAGGCAGUGAAUAAAUCUAAAGUCACGUCUGGGUUGUAGGAAUAGCACUCACUGCCUCACUGUGACCUCACUGAUUAUUUUACUCCAGUAUUAUGUCCUCAGACUCAUUUGGACUUUUUGUGUUAUAGUUCUUUUUUUUUUUCUUUUUUUUAAAAAUUAUUUUCUUCCUUGUUUAUUUAUUACCCUCGCACACUGUGGGUAGAUUUUGUAGCGUGUGGAACAUGACACUUAAAUCUUUCACUCAUUUGAAUUUUAGAGUGACAGAAAAAAAAGACAGAAAAAACAAAUAUCCUGUCCAUUCUAAACACUUGUAAAAAUGAACAAACUACAAAUAUUUGCUUUUUUUUAAUCACAAGCAAUGUAUAUAUGAUAGAUUUCAUAUAAAUUUUUGAAGAAGUAUAUAGAUCUAUAUAUGAAUGUUUGGCAUAUAUGCAUAGUUAACCACCUGUGGAAAGGGUGAGCAGAUUUUAUUCUUUCUAUGAACUCUUGAACUUUUGAACUCUGAACUAUGAACUAGGGGAUGAUUUGCACAAAACAAGGUGACAAGGUGCUAACAUAAAAGCCACCCAUCGUCCAAGCGCAUGUGUGCAUCUGGAUUCCCUGAAUCUCUCUGUAUGGUCAUUCCUCUUCACCAUGUGCGACUGUUAAGCGUGUUUGUGUAAAUGCGUGUUUGUGUCCAUUUUGUGUGUAUUUGUUUGAGAGAGACAAUGAAAAUGCACAUGUGACGGUGAGCAUGCAUGGUUAGGGGUUUUGGAGUUAGUCCACUAUAGCCUUACUGUAUUUCCAUCAGAGAUUUCCGGCAGUGGCUGUGUCACACAAUACAACACACACACCCACACAAACAGAACACAUGCACAUACACACACAAAUGAAAUGCACAUAUACAUACACCUUCAACUUAAAAUAGAGAAAUAUUAUUCUGCGUUAUUAUUUUGUGUUGUCACAUCUUUGAAAAGUGGACUGCUCUGCCCAAGAGAAAGAGAGGCAGACAUUGAGAGGCGACCACGCAGUGUUGAGCGAAAACAUUGUCACAUUUUAUAUUACAAGACAAAUAUAACUCACCUUGUAACUGUGUAGGUGCAGCUUAUGCAGCGUCACUGUUUUGUACACCCAUUCCCAGAUGGCAUUUGCGCUCCUUACCCUCCACUCUGUCUGGCAGCACUCCUUUUUCCUUUUUCAGACCUUCAGUUUCUGAGUUUUUUGGAUAUGCUAUAUGAGGUGAUCCAGUGAGGAAGAAACAACACAAAGGAUAAUGUGCCAAAAAAUAACCUAACUUUUAACUGUAUAUUUGUCUUUGCUUUAGGACUAUCUUAGUUACAGCAUUCUUGAGCUGUUAGACUCAAUAAUAUGGUGCCAUCUCCUGGAAAUCUUGAGAACUACAAACAUUUGUUAGAUCCUGUAUUUCCUAUAGGUGGAAAUACAGUCAUUGUUAUUAUUUUGUAAAGAAGCAGGCUAUAUAUGAAUAUGUAUAUAUAGAUUACCACAGUGUAAAUACAUCCUGGGGUAAUGUAUAUACAUACAGGAUAUAUAGCCUGUGUGUAUCUACCUGUGAGCUUUGCAUUAACAUUUCUAUUUAAAUUUCACGAUUGCUUGAUUUUACUGUGAUGAAGGUUAUUAUCCAGCUUGGCUUACUGUUCCCAUAUAAAUCCAAAUAACAGAUGAAACAUAAACUUAACAGAGGUGAACGUGUCCGGUCUGGACUCACACAUGCCGGCCUGGUUGGGUUGUUGUGUAAGUUUACCACAAAUACAGAUGCAAAAUAAUUCUACAGAGCAACGUGUAACAGACUUACACAUCUUUAGGUCAAAUAAGUUCAGUGAAGGGUUAUCUUUGUGUUAUUUUCUAAUCAAUAAAGCACAAUCUACAUAGUGUAGGGGAGCAGUGUAACCUUUUUAAAAAUACACUGGAGUCUGGUGUCCCACUGGAGCCAGUGGUCUUAUCAUCAAAGGUUUUCUUUUUUUUUUUUUUUUUUUUUUUUUAUUUCAUUGUUGGUUUUCUCCUUGUUUGCACUGUGAAGUUUAGAUUGGUGGAUGUAUCUCUGUAACGCCUCAGCCUUGUCUCACAGGUGAACUUCCCCUUCUCAGCAUCUGAUGACCAGGCAAAUCAUUUACAAUGGUUGUCUCAGCAACUUCUGGAGAGCAUUAGCAAUCCUCUGUUUUAAUAAAGCCCAUGUUUAAAUAAAACUAGAAGCUACCUAAUAUUCCUCAUAUAACCAGAUUAAGGGCGACAGUGAAGGGUGAGGCAAGAUCUGAGAUGUUACCCAGGAUAUCUCCACCACAGAGAUAUAUGUUUGUUAUAUUAUGUAAUAAAUUUAUAAUUAAAACAUGAA